GUGCAUUAAUGGCUGUGUUUAGUAGCUAGCGGAAGUAAGUUAACCUUAGUCUCAACCUGCUACAAAACGAAGUCCCCAGCCCAGAGGUACCUGCUGCAGAAAGCCCCAGUUGUCAAAAUAUGUUGCAAGAAUUUUGAGUGAGAACGCCACGCAGUGCGCACUUGACUGGCUGAAGUGAAAGUGACGUCUUGAGUGGUGUAAGCACAGAGACUGAACAUGUCAGACGUAGAGGACAUGGAUACAUCAACUGCAGAGAUGAACAGAAACCAUGAAGUCUCUGGACCAGAACAGCAACGACCCCAUGACCUUUCGCAAAUACAGAUUCAUGUGCCCACAGGAACAUCCAGUGGCCCUGUAACAGUGAUACAGUCACAGCCUCAACGGUCUAGUGUUUCUCAAAGUGCUUUUACUUACAAGGCAGAAAUACCCGAGGACGUGUCUGAAGAAGACGCAUCAGCCCGAGAGACUGCCGAUCGGUUCUCCCAGACUUUUGGAGGAGGGACACCUUCAGCAACCUGUGUUAAUAUCCCAAGCUCUGAUGAUGACCCUGACCUGUAUCAAGCAGAUAAUGACUUUAAGCCUCAUUCAUCCUCUUCCAAAGAGAUGAGUGUGGAUUAUCCUGCUGAAGGAGAUAAUGGCUCUGCUGGAAACAAACAAUCACAGCGAGAUCAACAUUCUCCCAUCAACCCCCAAAGCACUCAGGAUGUGGACCCAGACCUGUAUCAAGCACCCCUGUAUGACCCCAGACACUUUGGCAAUCCUCGGUCAUCCUCUUCCAAAGAGAUGAGUGUGGAUUAUCCUGCUGAAGAGGAUAAUGGCUCUGCUAGAAACAAACAAUCACAGCGAGAUCAACAUUCUCCCAUCAACCCCCAAAGCACUCAGGAUGUGGACCCGAAUCAGGCAAAGGAUGAGACCGAGGAAAAGCAGACCACUUUAGAUGAGGCUACAGUCUAUAUCCGUGUGUUGUGGCCUGGGAAAGCAAUAUUGUCAUGGAAGUCUAUACUUCAAAAAAGUCUCCAGUCGUGGUUGAAUAAUAACUUUAAAGAUACAGAUUGCACCGUGGAAAGGCUGAACGGAGACUUGGCCGAAGUCAAGAUACAUCCCCCAUCAGUCGUUGAGGACCUUCUGAAGCUGAAGGAAACGCGGGUGAUCUUCAAAGACAAGGCCAAGACAUCAGCCACUGUGCGGUUUCAAUCAAACAGUGAACCCAGCUCAAUGGAAGACUUGCCUCCAACAUCCAACAUGCCACAGGAUGUCAAACUCCCAAUAACUGUAAGUGCUAGCAUUGACAUCGGUGGCUACAAACCUGAAGUACGGGCUGACCUUCACCGUCAUAACCACACCAUCGAUCACAAGUUGGCUGUAAAAUGGAGCUUUGAUGAAGUGAACCAGUUCCACAGAGAGUUUACCAAGACCGUCAGGGAAGUGGAAACCUCGCCAGGAGCGGAUUGGAACGAUAAUGCAGAAGCGGCACAAAGCAUGACUCACAAUGGAAUGAAGACCCAUGAAGACCCUGGGCAGAAGGAAAUUACCUUUCCAGUACCACUGAUCCACUUUGUGUACUUAAAUCAGGCCUACCGGAAGGAGAUGGAGGACAUAGAGAAAAGAAAUGGAGUCGAAAUCAAUGCAGAAGUGAAGGUGUCCAUCAAAGAGGACACACAGAAAACAGGCAGAGAUGUUAUGCUGGCCAAAGCCCACCAGGAGUUCAGUGACCUCUUCCAGAAGUAUGUAGUUGAUUUGGACAGCAUUUCCACCCAUCUGACACCUGGGGAUCCAGGAGACCUCAUGAAUACACUGAAAAACAUCCAGAAUGAGGAGACCAGGCUGGUACUAAAUGUGUCUGCCAAUGGCUGCGUUGUGUUUGGGCCGGCUCAGAGCAUCAUGGCAGUCGAGAAGGCUCUUGGGAUGAAGACUACAGUAAUGACAUUUGGAAUGGAUCACAGCUCCACAGAGAAAGCAUCUGGAUUUGCUGGAGGACCUGUUUUGAGAUCUCCAAAAACACCACGGAUGAUUGAGAUGAACAUCAAAGAUCCACUUUUGUCACAUGGGCUGGCCAUGAACCAGACUCACUGGGAUCUAAUGAAAUCUGCCUUUCAUGAGAAAAUAACAGCAAUCAAAAAUAAAUUUAGAGUGGAUUUCAUGGAGGAAAAGUAUCCAGGCAAAUUAAAAAUUAAAACCAGACCUACAACAUCACACACUCCACCGGCAGUCUCUCUGGAAAGCCACGCCAUCAGAGCUCUCAUGCACCUCUACCAGAAGGUUGCGACAUCAGCGAUGAGCUGCCACGUGCUGGACCCUACCCAUGCAAAGACUGUGGGGGACAAGCUGGAGGAGAUCCACCCUCGACACCGCUGUGUCUGGGCAGGAGAAAACUAUGGUCCCUGGAGGCUGAUCGGCCUACCGCAACAUUUGGGCCCUGCUGUCAAAGAGCUAGAGAUGAUGCUGAAAAGGCCUAUGUUUAAAGAAGAAGACAAGCACAAGAUUGAGUAUCCUGGCGACAGAUCCAGCACUGGAGCAGCCAUGGGGGGAGCAGUCGGAGAUGGAGGAGCAACAGGAGGGCCUGAAGAUGGUAAUUGCUCCAUAUGCAUGGACAGAUUUAUCAACAAGAGGAAGUUGUCCUGCAGCCAUGAGUUUUGCACAGAUUGUCUGAGGAAGGCAGUGGAAUUCUCAGGCCCCAGAUGUCCUUUGUGUAAUGAUGUGUUUGGAAAGGUGGAGGGAGACCAGCCUGAGGGAACAAUGAAUGUGAAACAUGAAAGUUACCGCUGCAUACCUGGAUACCGUGGCUCAGGCAUGAUAGUUAUCAGCUAUAAUAUACCAAGUGGAAAACAGACGAAGAAACAUUCCAACCCUGGAAAAGGGUUCAUUGGGGCCCAUAGAAUAGCUUAUCUCCCUGACAACCAGGAGGGCAACGAAGUGCUGAAGUUACUGGAGAGAGCUUUCAACCAGAAGCUGAUUUUCACAGUUGGGACCUCCAGAACCACUGGGACAGACGACUGUGUGACAUGGAACGACAUUCACCACAAGACCAACAUCGAUGGAGGGGCACAAGUUUUUGGUUAUCCUGACCCUGACUACCUGAGCAGAGUGAAGAGUGAGCUGAAAGCCAAAGGCAUUGAAUGAAGACUGUCUUGAAAAUUAAACAGACGAGUUCAGUUGAGAUUUUAAACUGUUUAGAAUAGAUGCCUUUUAAAUAGUUGAUCCAUAAUAACAGUACACUUUCUAAUCAAACAGGGAGGGGACAUGUAUUCUAUGAAAUCAAGAUGUUUGUUGAUUAAUAUGCCAUAUUUACAAUAUCAUUAACCUCAGUGUGGGUUGUUUUGACUAAUGUACUCCAAUAAUCUUUGAGAAUAUCUGUGUGUCUGGAACCAUUUUGAUCAAUAUUUUUUUUUUUAACAAAUGGAAACUUUUGAUUGGUGUACAAGUAGUUCAUAAUAGAUGCUUGAAUGCAGGGUGACAGGUAGAGCUAUGACAAAAAUACAUAUUGAAUUUAUAGAAGUACGGAACAUAAAAAGCACUGACAGAAUUAUCAAACAAUUAUACAGAAUAGUUUGCCUAAUGACAAACUGAGCUGUUUUCUACAUACUUCAGGCUUAGAAAGGACUGCCAUUGUUUGUUUUGCGGUGAAGUCUAAAUGUGGGAUGUUGUACUAAAGUGAUCAGCUUUAGCUCCGCCCGCACGCUGGUGAGUUUCACUUUUUUGCGGAAACUCACAUCCGUGGCACAGCGUUCGGCCGGAGCAAGGAGUUUGGGGAGCCAGGCAAUAAAAUAGUAACAUUGAGUCGAAACAACUUCAAUAUAUUAAUUACCAGUUGGUGAGCUCUCAUUAGAUAAAGAUACUUGCUGGAACUGAAAAGCUUGGUUCAGUGCUCACUUAUGAAGGACACGUGUGAUAAACCCGAAUGCUCACCCUUGUUUAAGUUUGUUUUGAAUUUUGUUUGAUUGGCAAUGAGAAUAAAACACAGUGAUCUCA